GUAAGGCGGCCCGGCCAGAGUCGCGGCACCGCUAGGCUCCGUGUCCCUCCGCGCAGGCGGGCGGUCCCGGAGAACUGGUGCCUGCGAAGGCGGCCACGGCGGCGCCCCGUUCUCAUCAUGAAUAGAGGCUUCUCCCGAAAGAGCCACACGUUCCUGCCCAAGAUCUUCUUCCGCAAAAUGUCAUCCUCAGGGGCCAAGGACAAGCCUGAGCUGCAGUUUCCCUUCCUGCAGGAUGAGGAGACGGUCUCCGUACUGCGCGAGUGCAAGACACUCUUCAUCCUGCGUGGCCUGCCAGGGAGCGGCAAGUCCACGCUGGCGCGGGUCAUCGUGGAGAGGUACCGUGACGGCACCAAGAUAGUGUCUGCCGACGAUCACAGGAUCACCCCUGGCACCCAGGGAAGCCUCUCCGAGCAGUACAAGCGGCUGGAUGAGGAACUGGCUGCCUUCUGCCGCCGGGACACCCGCACCCUUGUGCUGGAUGAUACCAACCAUGAGCGGGAGCGGCUGGAGCAGCUCUUUGACAUGGCCGAUGAGUACGAGUACCAGGUGGUGCUGGUGGAACCCAAGACGUCGUGGCGGCUGGACUGUACCCUGCUCAAGGAGAAGAGCCACUGGCAGCUGUCGGCCGACGACCUGAAGAAGCUGAAGCCUGGGCUGGAGAAGGACUUCCUGCCGCUCUACUUCGGCUGGUUCCUGACCAGGAAGAGUUCUGAGAGCCUCCGCAAAGCUGGCCAGGCCUUCCUGGACGAGCUGGGGAACCACAAGGCCUUCAAGAAGGAGCUGCGACACUUUGUCCCUGGGGGUGAGCCCAGGGAGAAGAUUGAACUGCCCACCUACUUUGGGAAGAGACCCCCGGGCGUGCUGCACUGCACAACCAAGUUCUGUGACUACGGGAAGGCCACCGGGGCAGACGAGUACGCCCAGCAGGAUGCGGUGAAGAAAUCUUAUGGCAAGGCCUUCACACUGGCCGUGUCGGCCCUCUUUGUGACACCCAAGACGACUGGAGCCCGGGUGGAGCUGAGCGAGCAGCAGCUGCUGUUGUGGCCAAAUGACGUGGACAGGCUGUCGCCCUCUGACAGCCUGCCCCGGGGGAGCCGCGCUCACAUCACCCUGGGCUGCGCAGCUGACGUGGAGGCUGUGCAGACGGGCCUUGACCUCCUCGAGAUUUUGCAGCAGGAGAAGGGGGGCAGCCGAGGCGAGGAGGUGGGUGAGCUAAACCGGGGCAAGCUCUACUCCUUGGGAAGUGGGCGCUGGAUGCUGAACCUGCCCAAGACGGUGGAGGUCAAGGCCAUCUUCACGGGCUACUACGGGAAGGGCAAAUCUGUGCCCAUACUCAGCAGCCGAAAGGGGGGUGCCUUUCAGUCCUGCACCAUCAUUUGAGUGGUCUCACCACUCUGGGCCCCUGACUCUUUACAAGGGAAGGGGGAGGAGAGGGAAACAGGCCCUCUGCUUGAUCUUUAAGAUUCUUUUUUUUUUUUUUUUUACUCAAGUUAACCUUCCUGUAACUUUUUAAAAACUUAUAAAAUAACUGCUCUUCUUUUCCUGCCCCCUCAUCCCCUCUAACACUCAAGCUCUCAACACAAGGUGGGUGGCAUUUCAGGAACCUGGACCAAAGCUGACAAGGCUGGGCUGAGUUGGGCCUGGACCAGCCGCAGCCACGACCCCGAGCCCUGCUUCCAGUUGCUUCUCUCAGCCCCCAGCCCAGGUCCACUGCCCUGCCCAGAGCCAGCUAGUGGGGAGAGAUACCUGAGAGCUGCACAUACCCAGAGUGGUCACCACGGCCAUGGAAAACUAGUGGUGGAUUUGAGGGGAAGAUCCCUGGGCUUUGGGCAGUGAUCCCAUUUCUUGAUCACUGUAGCCCCAGGAAGGCUGGGGCUAUUUACCAGGGCAGAAAAAGGGGUUUACCCCCCACCUUUGGUCCUAAGCGCCUGUCCCCUCCUCCUUCACACUGUAACUAGGUAAGUUUGAUAACUAGGGAAGAAAACAGAAUAAGCAGCAGCCACAUCCUAGCCUGGCUACUGGUCUCACCCCAGGAAGGGGAUGGGCUGGCCAUCCAUUCCAGUGGUGUGGCUCUGCUAUGUGGAUGGGGAGAUCGAGGCCAGAGACAGUACCUCCUGGGGAAGCUCUAAUCUUGCUGUCUGCCCAGCCCACCUUGCCUCCUUGGUGCCUCGGGAGGCCUCUGUGCCUCCUUUAAAGGGGGUCGGUGGGUACCAAGAGCCAAUGGAGUGGACGCCUGGCUGCUAAGGGCCAAGUCCCACCUGGGGCCUCUGGGAAGGGGUUUUUAACACUGCUACAUGUGCUGUGGUUCCCGGGGUGUCCUCCAUUGCCCUCUGCUCAGUAACAGGGCCUUGCUAAUCUGGUGGUCACUCCACAAAAGUGCUUGGCAUUUAAGUUACUCUCCUGGCUUUGCCCAACCUCAGCAACUUGUAAGACUGAUAAUGAAAUAAAUCACGUUAAUCCUA